AUGAAAUCUUUCGUAAGUUCCGAUAAUUUCUGACAAAAAAUUUCAAAAAAUUCAUUUUUCCAAAACUCUUCAGAUUCUUGUCGUUCUUCUCUCGAUUUUCAUCGUUUCAAUUUCGGCAGCUUGUCCAAAAUGUCCAGAAAAUCAACAUUGCAUAAAUAGCGCUUGUGUUGCAAAAAUUCCAUGUGGAUUGGGAUGUGCUGUCAAUCAAUUCUGCUUGCAUGGAUUCUGUACCUAUAACGAACCUUUGAGAGCCAGAAGAAUUGAUGGAAUUUCUAACUUCUAUUAA